GUGUUUCACGUCGGACGCUUGUAAAUGCGACACCGUCAGUGUCCACCGGUGCGGUAAAUCCGCUGCAGCUACAGGAGGACAUCUUGUGUCUCCUCGCUUCUUUUAGGAGGGGACAUGUCUCCGUCUCUGUCCAUAUUGCUGGUGGGAGAAGGAAACUUCUCGUUCUCCGCGUUCAUGAGUCACAUUCACGCGGACUCGCGUGUGACAGCCACCUGUCUGCAGCGCGAGGACGAGGCUCUGCGACAUGAAGGUGCCGCCGCGAACGUCCUCGUCAUCAAAGACUCAGGUGGAAGUGUGAUUUUCGGUGUCGACUGCACAAAGCUGGAGGAGUGCGUGUCUCUGCAGGGACAUCUCUUUGACCGCGUGGUCUUCAACUUUCCUCACUGUGGCAGAAAGAGCGGCGUGAAAAAGAACCGAGAGCUCCUCAAAAACUUCUUUCUCAGCUGUGUCCAGGUGUUGGCUGAAGAUGGAGAAGUUCACGUCACCCUGUGUAACGGACAGGGCGGCACACCGGCGGAUGAGCCCAGGCGAGAGCGACACAACAGUUGGCAGGUGGUUGCCAUGGCGGCAGAAGCGCAGCUCGUACUCAGCGACAUCCGUCCUUUCGAAAGUGGGAAAUACCAGAGCUAUAAGUGCACUGGCUACAGGAGUCAGGACAAAGGCUUUCAUGUGGACAAAGCUCUGCUUCAUGUAUUCACUCGCAGCCUUCCUUACGUCCCUGCUCGGAUAUUAAAGGUGGAGGAGGUUGUUGAAGGGGACAAAGUCCAGUACAACGUUCCACCCGAGCUCAGUGAUUACAUGUUCAGGGAUUUCCUCUGCUCAGGUUCUGUCCACCCCGUCAGACUGGUGCAGGACUUUCUUGUGGAAGGACUGGCAGAGAACUGGCCAGUCUCCAUGACAACGGAGACCACGCCCCUCCUCAUAACGACCGCACGGCAGCAGACAUGCUGCCAUGAGAUCGACAGUACACAAUGUUACUGGAUUCACCCGCUUCAGAAAGACCUGGGCUCUGACGUUCUUUCUCCUGCAGACAGAGACAAAGAUCAGCUGUUGUCUAAAGACACUUGCAUCAGCGCAGGUGAAGUGGACCGGGUAAGAUGUAAGGACGCUGAAAGCUGCAACAUCAGGUCUGCAUGUCCUGUGGUUGUGGAUCCUGAAAGAGAGACUGGACUUUAUUUACUGCGUCCUUCACUGCUCCCUCAGAUGCAAGAGCUUCUCAAUAAAAAAGAGGAGGUAAAUAAUAAAGCAGGGAGUCGCAGAGACACAGAGUCAGACAGUGAUGGUGUAACUACAGUGUUCCAUGGACUCAGUGGCCUGGUGUUCAGGAGCGUGUCUGUUCAUGUGUGGGCUCAGCCUGCGUUUCACCAGCUUCUCCUCACAGGUGUUUUCUCUGUGGACUGUGAGCCCAUCACAUUCCUCAGACAAAGGCUGGACACCCUGCUCGCAUCAUAUGGGGUCUCCGUGGUGACAGUGCAGGGAGGUCUGCGUCUGACGGCCCAGCCCAUGGGUUUGGUUGGUAAAGUGUUUUUAAACCACAAGAGUGAGGACAGCAUCAGCCUGACUGUGUCUCUGAAUCUGGAUCUUCUGGCCGUGCUCCUCUUCUCCCUCCCUGAUUGGCGGCUGCUCUGGUCACAUGACCAACGCUUCUUAAAACAGUUUGGACCCCGCCCAUCACCUGGGACUGCCUUCCGCCCGUUCUCCUUGUUCCCCGAACACUUCAGCUUUGACAUCAGCUUCUGGACCGGGCCGAGCUGGGAGGAGCGGAGGUUCCACGCUUUGGUGCGAGAGGCGGGUCACGGCACGGUGGAGCAGCUGAAACUCAUCGACACGUUCUCUCAUCCUGACCUGAGCCAAACCAGCUACUGCUACAGACUCCUGUACCACACACACACACACGCACUGUCACACACACACGCGCUGCUCUUUCACAAACACCUGGAGUCUUUACUUUCCUCUCGACUGCAGGUCACACUCAGGUAACUUCAGAUUACAGAUUAUAAUCCUCAUAAUUGAGGCUUUGUUUACAUUAGCAAAUGUAUUUAUUUCAAAUGUGAUUUCUGUGUUUGUGUUUGUGAUUC